AUGAGAACUAAUCAUUAAUACAAUUAUAAUUAUAAAUUAGACUAAAUAUUUUCCAGAGAAAAGUAAUAAUUAUUCAUAAUAUUAUUAGGUCUUAUGAUCAUCAUUUGAAAAAAUUAAAUGAAAUUAAAACUAAAAAAACACAUUCAUAAUCAAGAGUAUAACAUGUUGAAAACUUAGAAAAAAGAAAUAAUAUUAGACAAUAAAGAAGGCGUUUUGAUCUAAGCGGUAAUUUAUCAUCAAAAUUUAAUAAAUUUAGAAUAAUCAGAAAGAAUCAAUAAGGGAAACAGUUAAUUAUAUUAAAAAAUAACAGAAAUAUGCAAUAGACCUAUGUAAUAAGAGUACUAUAAAUGUGAAGAUGAAAAUAUACAACAUCCUCAUAACUUAAAUUUAAAUUUUAGAAAACUAUAAGCAUAAUAAAUAUAACAUGAAAACAUUAAAUUAGCAGAUCGACUUAUGAAAUAAGAACCAGUCUUAAAAUUAGAUGAAUAUUCUCAUUCUUAUAAAGAAAAUAAAAGAUUAAUGAAAAGACUUUAAAGAUAUUAAUAAUGUCAAUAAUAUGUAAAUUCAAUUAGGUAUUGUUAUUAUAUUUAUUUUAGAAAUAAUUUGACUUUAUCUAAUCGUGAUACAACCAAUCCUAGUUCAAUCUCUACUAAAAAGAAAGAUAAAAUGUAGUUAUAACCUAUAUUUAAGUAUUAAUAUUUCAUUAUUUUUAUUAUUAGUGUCAAAAAUAAAUCUAUUGAUGCAAUUGAAUUGGAAAAAAUUAAUUAUUUAAUUAAUCAAGAAGAUUAAACUAUCUUAAAAGAAUUAUAAGAAAAGUAAGAAUAAGAUGAAAAAAAUAAAACGAAACAAGAAUUGACAGAAAUUCCUUAACUUAAUGAAGAAUCUUAAAUUGAAACUAUUAGACAAGAUGAAAUAGUAGAAAAUCAAAUAUAGUAAUAAAUUGAUAAUGAAGUAAAAUAAUAAAGUGAUGAUAUUGAUGAAUAAUGA